CUUGAGGGGGGCGGCUGAUUGGGGAGAUUGACUCCCCGGGACCCCAACCGCCAAGCCAGGCUGCCCUGGGCCUGACUCCUGUGGACAGCAAUCGCUAGGCAAUGCCCGAGCCUUGAUUGCCCACCUGCAGCCAUGGGACGCAGAAAGUCAAAACGGAAGCCACCCCCCAAGAAGAAAAUGACAGGCACCCUGGAGACCCAGUUCACCUGCCCCUUUUGUAACCACGAGAAGUCUUGUGAUGUGAAAAUGGACCGUGCCCGCAACACCGGAGUCAUCUCUUGUACCGUGUGCCUAGAGGAAUUCCAGACGCCCAUCACAUAUCUGUCAGAACCAGUGGAUGUGUACAGCGAUUGGAUAGAUGCCUGUGAAGCAGCUAAUCAGUAGCAAUGUAGAGGACCCACCCCCUUGCAGCCCUGCCUGCCAUGGACCCACCACUGGGUACCAAUCCAGAGACAUUCCAGGGGUCCAGGGUGUGGGUCCAGGGCUGUCGUGGCCCUCUGUGUGUGUGUGGAGUGGAUGUGAGUGAGUGUGAGUGCGUGUGGCUGUGGAGAUGACCGUGGCUGUGUGUUCACAGAUGGGUGUCACUGAGGGAUUGGUAGGUCAGCAGGUCUGGACCUGCUUCUCUUGGUUCCAGGAACCUUUGAGUUGCCCUGUUCUCUAGCUCACCAGCGUCCCCCAGCUUUUGGGGAGUGGUUUCCUGACAUCCUGGGCAAGAGAAAGAUGCAGGACCUCUCCAGCCUCCUCACCCACUUCACCAGCACUUGCCCAUGUGAACUGGACUUCCCACCCUCCUUCCCUGCCUCCAGAUGCCCAUGGCAUGGGAGUUCAAGCCAUGCCAUGUCCCAGGUCCCUUGGCUGGCCUUGGCAGGGAGCCCCAUUUCAUGUUCAUUUGCUCUUGUAGAAGAGGCAGGAGCUGCACUGGGGACAGCUGUCAUCACAAGCCCUUCAAUAAAGCAGCCAAUGCAAAUUCUUGGCUCCCUGUACUUCUUGGGUUCUGUGCCAGACAGAGAGGUGGGUUUUGGAAUGAGAGGGCCUGGUGGCCCAUUGAAGUGGAGUUUGGACCAUCCUUCAAACCAUUUAAUGUUUUAUUCACUCAUUAAACAUUCAGGGGUGAAACAGGAAAUACUGAGUGCACAGGACACUGAUGAACCAGAAGGACAUCUGGCCAGAUGUUUAUAGCAGGGUGCACAGGACACUAACAGACCAGACGAACACCUGGCUGGGUAUUACUGCUUCUUAAAGCAAACUAUGAUGAGACAGAUGGUAAAGGAGUGAGGUAGUCAGGAAGGCUUCCUGGAUGGGUGACCUGAAGGAAGUAAUGCUUGAGAGCCCCCCAUGCCAGAGAAUGCUCUUGGGGCUUGUUACCCCUGUGUCCUGACAGCCACCCUGUGAGGCAGGUGCUGAGGUAACCCUGGGUUUACAGGUGAGGAAACAGGCC